CCCAAAACAAAUAGAAAUUACACAAAAAUUACUCCUUCCUUUGUCGGAUAUAUCACAAAAACAAACCAAAUGAAGGAAUUUCACAAAUUGAAUAUCAAAACGAACGAUUGAAAAUACCCCCAAAAAAGAAGACAAUUAUAAUUUAUGAAAUUGACUCCCGGCAAAAAAAAAAGCUUUUGUUUCACUAAAUUUGGCUAUGUAACUUUACCCUCCUCUGUUUUCUCUCUCCUCUCUCAUUGCUAGGGUUUGUCAAUUUGUCAUUAAAGUUUGAUGCACCUUAAUACCCAGAUAAAAAAACCCCAAUUCAAUUAUUGAAUUAAACCUUAUUUUCUAUAUGUUCACCCCUUUUACACGGUCAUAAAUACCCAAUUUGCCAAUUUGGUGUUUCUGCUCUUGGGUUUCUUCAAUGUUCUCUUCUUCUUCUGAAAGUUGGGUUUUUUAUGCUAAUUGGGUUGAUUGAGUGAUGUAUCUAAUUUAGGGUUUAUACCUUUGAUUUCCACUAUUUUGUACGCCCUACAUUUUGCUUUUCAGGGUUUAUGCCUUCCACCUGUUUGGUAAAAUGCCUCUGUGAAUUUCGUCAUACUUUGCUAUCAAAUCAAAAAAUAAAAUAUACCCUUUUGAAGUAUUUUGUUUUUGAUUGAUGGGGUUUUCUGGGGUUUUUGAGAUUAUUUGUGUUUUGUACACUGGUUUAUUCUGUGUUUAAACUCCUUUAAAGGAAGGUUUGGUGGUGGUUAGAUUAAAUAUUUAGCUUUUGAAGGAGAGAGAAUAAGUGAGUGAGAGUGAUUGUUUGUAAAAAAAUACAAAAAAAUUAAAAAAGUAAAAAUGGCGAGGGAAAAGAUUCAGAUCAAGAAAAUUGAUAAUACAACAGCAAGGCAAGUGACAUUUUCAAAAAGGAGAAGAGGGUUGUUCAAGAAGGCUGAGGAGCUUAGCAUCUUGUGUGAUGCUGAUGUUGCUCUCAUCCUCUUCUCGGCUACUGGCAAGCUCUUUGAGUAUUCCAGUACCAGUAUGAAGAAAAUACUUGAAAGGCAAAAAUUGCACUCGAAGAACUUGGAGAAGCUGGAUCAACCAUCUUUAAGGUUGCAGCUUGUUGAAAACAGCGACUAUACCAAAUUGAGUGAUGAAAUAGCACAACAAAGCCAACAGCUAAGACAUAUGAGGGGAGAGGAGCUGCAGGGUUUAAGUAUAGAAGAGUUACAACAGCUGGAAAAGUCCCUUGAAUUUGGAUUAAGACACGUCAUGGAUAAAAAGGGUGAGAAAAUUAUGAACGAAAUUGACUUACUCGAGCAAAAGGGUUCUGAGUUGAUGGAAGAGAAUGAGUGGCUAAGACAACAAGUGCUGGAAGCAUCCAAGGGCAUACAACAAGCUGCUGAUUCAGAGAAUGUCAUAUAUGAGGAAGGCCAGUCAUCGGAGUCAGUCACUAAUGGCUAUAGUAGUUCUUCUGGUCCUUCACAGGACAAUGAUGAAAGCUCAGAUCUUUAUCUCAAGUUGGGAUUACCAUACUCUGGCUGACGAAGAGAACAUUAAUGAUCAUUUGCAGUGAGCAGUUGUUACAUAUAAUGCUGUUGGCAGUUGGCCUAUGCACUCCUUCCGUAUGCGCCCGUUGCUCCCGUAAAUAUGUAAAAUAUUAAGCCAUGUAUGUUGUAUUAUCAAUGAUAUCAUACCAUUUGGUCAGGUAAGAAAUGUGGUAUCGAGCGACUAAAGUGGGAGUGAAUGGCGUGGUGAGGUGAUUCAGUUUGUUAGCAUCUGCUUUCAGUUUAUUUAAGCUCACUUGUAUUUAUACACUUGUGACAGUACCGUUAAGUAAUAAUUAAAGUUUUAUUUAGAUA